AUGGCCGACGCUCCUGCCCCCGCCUCCGGCGCCCCCGCCCGUGGUGGUUUUGGUAGCCGUGGUGGUGACCGCGGCCGUGGCCGUGGCCGUGGACGUGGCCGCCGUGGCGGUCGCCAGAACGAGGAGAAGGAGUGGCAGCCCGUCACCAAGCUCGGCCGUCUCGUGAAGGCCGGCAAGAUCAAGUCCAUGGAGGAGAUCUACCUUCACUCCCUGCCCAUCAAGGAGUUCCAGAUCAUCGACUUCUUCCUGCCCAAGCUCAAGGAUGAGGUCAUGAAGAUCAAGCCCGUCCAGAAGCAGACCCGUGCCGGUCAGCGCACCCGCUUCAAGGCCAUCGUCGUCAUUGGUGACUCUGAGGGCCACAUCGGUCUUGGUAUCAAGACCUCCAAGGAAGUCGCCACUGCCAUCCGCGCCGCCAUCAUCAUCGCCAAGCUCAGCGUUGUUCCCAUCAGGAGAGGUUACUGGGGCUCCAACCUCGGUGAGCCCCACUCUCUGCCCGUCAAGACCUCGGGCAAGUGCGGUUCCGUCACCGUCCGUCUCAUUCCCGCUCCCCGCGGUACUGGCCUUGUCGCCUCCCCCGCCGUCAAGCGUCUGCUCCAGCUUGCUGGUGUCAACGACGCCUACACCGCCUCCGCCGGUUCCACCAAGACCCUCGAGAACACCCUCAAGGCCACCUUCUCUGCCGUCACCAACUCCUACGGCUUCCUCACCCCCAACCUCUGGAAGGAGACCAAGCCCAGCAGGAGCCCGCUCGAGGAGUUCUCCGACGUCCUCCGUGAGGGCAAGAAGUACUAA